AUGACAAGCAUCUACGAACUUGCCAAAGCCGGCAAGUUGGAGGAGCUCAAGAACCAGCUGCAAGAAGGGAACAACGAUCCCAACGAUCCCAACUAUCCCAACGACUACAACGACGCCGACAAGAAGACCGCUUUGGGUGUCGCCGUGUUCAACGGUGACAUCCCAACAGCUCAACUGCUCUUGAACCACGGCGCCGAUCCAGAUGGGCUUGAGCAAGGUCGGCCUCCUCUAUGGAUAGCCUGCAACCACAGAAACGACAAAGCCAAUAGCUACGAGCGCCUGAUUCAGAUUCUUCUCAGCAAGAACGCGAACCCAAGGAUUUCCUCGAAAGUCGCAUCCGACAAAGGGUCCACUCCAUUAGUUCAGGCUGUAAAGACUCACAAGUCUCCUCGAGUCAUCAGCGCUCUUGUGGACAAUGGAGCAGACCCGACGGAGAAAGUCAAUGACAAGUCCGCUGAGGACCUGGCGCAAGGCCGACCGCACAUUUUGAACGCUAUGAGGCCGUAUUGGACCAGGUUUCAGACCCGCGCAAUUGAAGUGGCCAAAGUCAUUAGUUUCGUUAUGGCGGUUAUGUUCUGGACAAACAGGAAUCUCAUGGCAGUUGCUACUGCUGGAGCAGUGACGGGGGCUACCAUGGUAUGCAAAGAUGCCAUUUUCAGCCGAUUUAGGUUGUCUGGUAAAGUCGAAGAGAGAUACAAGAAGUACUUCAAUGAGACGGCCACUUUCCAGGACGAUAGAGAGAAAGAGAGAGAUGAGUUCAAGAAAAAGCUGGGUGAUAUCGUGAAGAAACAUAACCUGGAAAAGUUCUUUCCCAGAGAUAGUCCGUUCAUCGAGACUGUUGUAGAGAAAGCUGUGGACCUGGACCGUGCCCCAGGCAAUCUUGUAAAUGUCAAGGAUCUUGCCCAUCUAGCUUUCUAUCAGCCUGUGCUCUACUGCGACGACAGCGGCUCCAUGAAACGAGAGAAUCGAAGUAAACACCUUGAUGGGCUUUCCCAGCGAAUCACCAGCAUCACCACUCGUGUCGUACCAGACGAUGAGGGUAUCGAAUUGCGGUUCAUCAAUCAGGCUACAACGGCAGCGAUGUCAAAACCGACAUCGGAAGAGGUAUCUCAGAUUAUCCAGCAGACUCCUUUCCUCGGGUGGACAGAGAUUGGUCUCAACCUCAGGAAGAAGGUUCUCGAGGAUAUUGUGUAUAAGCCUCUGAGAGAGAACAACUUGAAACGCCCCGUACUAGUCUCCAUCAUCACAGACGGUCACCCUCAAGGGAAUAGAAAGUCACGCGAAAGGCGCUCUACUUUGAAGGAGGCUAUUCUAGAGUGUGGCAAAGUGCUGGAAAAGUAUGGGUAUAAACGAGACGGUGAGUUACUCUCACACAUCAUUUUGUAUCCAUUAUUGACCAAGAUAGUUGUUCGAUUCCAAAUUAGCCAGAUUGGCAACGACCGGGAGGCAGAAGGCUUCUUGAACGAUCUGAGAGAUGAUUCGGAGCUCGAUGAUGUUCUAUACAUAACAAGCGAGAGGCUGGAUGCACAGUUCCAAGAAUACCGAGAGCAUGAGGACAAACUUGAACAAUGGCUCCUGGAAUUGCUCCUGGCCCCGCUCCUAUAUGCUCAGGCAGAUUAG